AAUCAAUCUACAUCAAGGCCAUCCGACAGCAAGUUCAAACAGUCUAGACGUAAUAGCCUUGAAGGGGGUUCUCCAUUGACCUUGCCAUAUCGGAGCGAGGAGCGACCCAGGUCUAUCAAUGAUCCGCUAUUGAAAGAACCCCACCUACUGGUCUGUCUCCGGGUCUCCGAUCACAGACAACAGCGACAGCCCCAACGCAAGAACAAGGAGUUGAGAGAACAAGGGAAGAGGUAUAUCAGAAAAGCCUACGAUAUAUGGCCAUGGCAGCCGAAUCAUUCUCCCAGUUGUCUCUCCUAUCGGAUCUUACUCCUCCAUCGCUCGAACGUACCUGGCUGACCGCACCGCACCCCACUCUCCCGAUCGUUGCGACAUGCAGCUCCGACAAAACGGUCCGUGUCUACUCAUUGACUAAUUUCCGACUUCUCUCGACUAUAUCGGGCGGCCAUAAGCGCAGCGUAAGGACAUGCGCCUGGAAGCCGCACGUCAAGGGGGAAAGCGUACUCGCCACGGGCAGCUUCGAUGCGACCGUCGGCAUCUGGCGACGCUGGGAUACCUACGGGCAGACGGAGCGUGGUGUAGAGGAUUGGCACCGUGCCGACACCCAGGAUCAUGCGGAUGACAUGAGAAAUGGCAAUGGGGCAGCAGGAAUCGACAAUGACGGCGGCGGCGGCGGGGCCGACGAGGACGACGAGGAGUGGCGGUUCGCCGUGCUGCUAGACGGGCACGACAGCGAGGUCAAGUCGGUGUCGUGGUCGCCGUCCGGGAUGUUGCUCGCAACGUGCUCGCGGGACAAGUCGAUCUGGAUCUGGGAGGAUCUGAAUGACGGUGAUAACAACUUUGAGACCGUGGCGGUCAUGCAGGAGCACCAAGGCGAUGUGAAGUGCGUUGCCUGGCAUCCAGUCGAGGAGUGUCUGGCAAGUGCCAGCUACGACGAUACCAUUCGGCUGUGGCGGGAGGAUCUCGAUGAUUGGGGGCAGGUGGCCUGCAUCAAGGGUCACCAGGGCACGGUAUGGUGCGUCGACUGGGAGGGCGCAGAGAAUGUGCCGUCCACACCAACGGACUUGGCGGAUGGCGAUCUGGCCACCGCGCAGUGGAAGAAGGCGUAUGCGCUUUCCGGUCCUCGUCUCGUCUCAUGCUCUGAGGACCGUACCGUGCGGAUCUGGAGACGGCAACCGAAGGAGCAGCAACAACAGCAAGCCCAGCCAUCGCCGUUUGGAGGCUCGGGCAUCCCGAGUAUCAUCCGUCCGACGGGGUCCGACGAGUUCUGGGACGAGGAGUGCGUUCUACCGCAGGCGCAUGAUCUGUCUAUUUAUACGGUAGCAUGGAGCAAGCGGACGGGUCUGCUGGCAUCUGUCGGGGCGGAUGGUCGGAUCGUGGUGUAUGAGGAGCGCUUGGUCGUCGAAUCGCCGGCAGAGUCCAUGGAGACGGAUCCUCCUACAUCGGCGGACGGCACAGCAGCGGACUCCCCGGCUGCUCCUAGGAGUGAAUGGAGAGUCAUCGCCACGGUGGACGGUGCCCAUGGAAUCCACGAAAUCAACCACGUUACUUGGGCGAAGCGCGCAGAUCGUGGACGGACCGAGGGUGCCGACGAGGAGGUCUUGAUCACCACGGCUGAUGACGGCACCGCCAAGGUCUGGACUCUCAAGAGGUGAUCGGUUUCAUGACACUCGGGCUAGAUUGAGUUUCACACAGGACCAUCGGGAAACAGUCACAUACUGAUAGAUCUGUUAAACGGAGUUGCACAUAAAAAGCAGACCGUGCGCGACCUCUUAAAUGGCAUAUACAUUGACCAAGAUUACUUCAACACUAGAUCUCCGCUUCGAGGCGGCAAUGGAAC